UAACAAAAACAACAACACACCAGUGGAUCACUCAGCAGAUUUUCAUAAAUAUUUUCGUGUUUAAUCAAGGCUGGCAAUUUGCCAUGCUUUUCUUGUUGCAUCUAAUACAAUAUUGGUUAGAAAUUUCUAAAUUCUAAUUCUAAAAUGAUGUCCAAUAUCCUGGAGAAAACCCUCGGGUCGGUACUUUCGAGCACGGACCAGUUUGCAGGACUAAGAGUUGUCUAUCAAAAAUGCCUCGCUGCUAGAACUAAACAGGAAGAAGAAAAGCUUAUCAAGCAGUUGCUUGAAACAGUAAAAAUCAGGCUCGCCAAUCCCAGCACGCGCCCUCUACUUGCUGGACAUUGCCUGGCUUUUGCUGUCUUCGUCAACCUGAUGGGUUACAAUGUGGACUUUGCACACAUUCACGCCAUCAACCUUGCUCAGCAAACCUCAUAUGUUGAAAAGAAAAUGGGAUAUGUUGCAUGCUGCUGUCUACUGAACGAGAAAAAUGAGCUCAGUCUGCUGUUGGUGAACACCCUUUGCAGAGACCUAGGCAGCAACAACGUGGCCGUUGUCGGGUUGGCCAUCAGCGCCUUGUGCUCAGCGCCAAUUCCUAGGGACGCUGUCCCGGCUCUUCUGCCAGCUCUGCUUGACAGGCUCCACCACCCAAAAGCAUACAUCCGGUGUCGAGCUGUGGUGGCAGCCCACCAUCUACUCCGCCAGCACCCUGACCUAUGCGACCUGGGCAGCGUGGUAAGCCUGCUUGGCGACGAAGACCCUCACGUUGUCCACAGACUCCUCUCUUGCUUGCCAGACAUUAUUGAGAAAAGCCCAGAGGCUGUGUCUGGCCUGGUCCAUCCUCUGGUAGCCAUUCAGAGGCAAAUUCUUAAUGGGAAACUGCCGCCAGACAUGACUUACCGUGGUCUUCCAGCACCUUGGAUGCAGCUUUCUAUAUUAAAGUGCCUACCAGAAUUGUGCUUGACUGAAGAGGAGGAGUUUGCCAGCAGAGAGGUGCUGCUGGAAACAAUCAAAGCAUGCUCGCCAAAAAACGUUGUAAUCAGUGACCCUCCAAUCAGGGCAGCAAUAAAUUCCAGAGCUCUAGCCGCUUUGCUUAGCCUUGAGGAACCAAAUGAAGCAAGCAGGCUACGCAUCAUGCACUUUGCUGGAACAUUUAUGCAGUCAGGCAAUGGUGAUACCAAAAAUGAGGGUCUACUUUUGCUGGAGAGUGCUUUGGUUAAAUAUCAAAUAGCUUUGACUCCAGAGCAGUUGGCAAUAAUCAAACUCAGCUUGGAGCAUGAGGACAUUUCCAUCAGAAGGCGGGCGUUUGGCUUGCUUUCAGCAAGUGCUACUGAAAAAGAUGUUCAGAAUGUGUGCGGACAACUUUUCACACAGGCAGUCAGCCCAAAAACAGAUGAAGUUUUGAAGCAGUGGCUGCUGGAGCAGGCAUUACAGUUGAUGGACAGAUAUCCAGUUGCUCUGACUGAUGACUGGAAACUGAGCGCCGUAAUUAAGCUAAUGCCGCUUGCGGAAGACAUUAAAAUCGGCAAAGAGCUGAUGAAAAAUGCUAAGAACAUUUUGCUCAAAGGAUGUAUUAAAGAGGAGACGCAUGUUAAAAUGCUUACUGUGCUCACCAUGCAUAGCGAGUCAAAGAAAGCACCAACCAGCUUGCUCAAGUUGUAUAUUUGGACUCUAGGAAAUUUUCCCAACAAGCUAUCGCAAGGAGAAGCGCUGUCAAGACUUCUAACUUUAGGAAACAAGCUUUUGAGUAAUGCAAAGACUGAGAAAUCUACCGACGAGCUGCUACUUUUGACCAUAUCCUCUUUGAGAAAUGUCAUAGAUUCUGGAAAUUUUAACUCGCUUGAUGGACUAAAAGACUUUUUAAAAGAGGCCUCUGAGUAUUCGCCUAUGCACAUGCUUGAGGCGUGUGAACUCAUCAACUCUCUGCCGCAUUUAAGGCAGAUUUCAAGUUGUCUGAAGGACGUUGAUAUCGAUUUUUCACUUGGCUUGCUAGACAAAUUUGUCCUCAAAUCAAUUGAAACACAAAAUGGUAGGAUUUACCAGCCGCAAGUAGCCACGCAAAUUCUCCAGUCCAAAACGUCCAGUUCACCCGAUUUGGCUCAUUUACUACCAGUUGUACUGCCGCAAAGCCCAAGUCCUAUCAUGCACCUCUCUCAAGAAUCGUUUAAUACCUCUGACGAAUCAAGCUCAGCUAAAAGGUUGGCCUUGAGUUCUGCGAAAAUGGCGUCGGUGGCGUCGCAGCCGCUGGGCCUGGUACUCCUAUACUGCCGCACCGCGUCCAGGUUCAGGGUGGCGGCCUGGAGGCGCCACUGUGUCCGCCGCCCUGACGACGGCCCGUUGUUCGUGCCGCAACGCCAGCUCCAGGGUCGACUGCUGCGUCGGAAAAAUGCUGCCGCUGAUGUUCAUCGUUGAAAGAACUCGUUAUGAUGCGACUAGAUUCCGGCGAAAGUAUCGUUCAAAAUCUCUCUCUGUUGCAACGAAUUUUCUAACAAAUGCCUAACAAUACUCUGAACUAAGGAGAGUAAAGCUAGGAGAUGUUAAGCAAUAGCCAGAGUCACCAAGAAAGGGGAUGGUUGUCAUUUAGUCUCCUUAACACUAUUUUGGUCGCAAAAGUGUUGCGAAUUUUUUUUUUUUGAUUGCAUAUUGUUACCGUUUCGUAUGCUGGGCUUGUUUGAAAAUUGCUUUGAAGACUGUGUCCAAAAACUGGACACGACCGGCUGGGCGUCCAAACUUAAAAGCAGCGAAAUUCGCGGAUUCUGCGAUUUUUUAAGAGUAGGAGCUCGGCUCCGCAUCCGCUACAUA